UAAUAAUUUGUCAACAUGGUUUUCCCCUUUUGUACUCGUUUGCUCUUUUAAAUUCCCCGCCACCGUUUUAUCACUCCCUCCACUGCUCGGCUCUGGCUGUUGCUGAAAUCGUUCCCCUUUUGGUUCUGAGAAAGAGAAGGUUCAAGGAGGUGAGGCUUUGUUGGCAUGGCUGAUUCGUCAAGGGAGGAUAUCAGCGAUACGCUUCGAGUACUUGUUGCUACAGAUUGCCAUCUGGGCUAUAUGGAGAAGGAUGAAAUACGUCGGCAUGAUUCAUUCCUAGCGUUUGAAGAGAUAUGUGCAAUAGCAGAGCAAAAGCAGGUGGAUUUCUUACUCCUUGGUGGUGAUCUUUUUCACGAGAAUAAGCCUUCAAGGACAACAUUAGUGAAGGCCAUUGAGAUUCUACGGCGUUAUUGUUUAAAUGAUCGACCGGUACAGUUUCAAGUUGUCAGUGAUCAGAUUGUGAACUUCGCAAACUCAUUUGGUCAUGUAAAUUAUGAAGAUCCUCACUUCAACGUUGGCUUGCCAGUGUUCAGUAUUCAUGGAAAUCAUGAUGAUCCCGCUGGAGUGGACAACCUUUCUGCAGUUGAUAUUCUCUCAGCAUGCAAUCUUGUGAACUAUUUUGGAAAAAUGGUUCUGGGAGGUUCUGGUGUUGGACAGAUCACUCUGUAUCCCAUUCUUAUCAAGAAGGGUUCAACAUCUGUUGCUCUAUAUGGCCUUGGAAACAUUAGAGAUGAACGUCUUAAUAGAAUGUUUCAGACACCACAUGCUGUACAGUGGAUGCGACCUGAAACUCAAGAAGGAUGUCAAGUUCCAGACUGGUUCAAUAUUCUGGUACUUCAUCAAAACAGAGUGAAGACAAAUCCUAAAAAUGCAAUAAACGAGCAUUUUUUACCGCGGUUCCUGGAUUUCGUAGUGUGGGGGCAUGAACAUGAAUGUCUUGUUGAUCCUCAGGAAGUCCCGGGCAUGGGUUUUCACAUUACUCAACCAGGUUCUUCUGUUGCAACUUCACUCAUUGAUGGAGAAUCAAAGCCAAAACACGUACUUCUUUUAGAAAUUAAGGGAAAUCAAUAUCGCCCAACCAAGAUACCUUUAAAUUCUGUGAGGCAUUUUGAAUAUACUGAGAUUGUGCUGAAGGAAGAAUCUGACAUUGAUCCUAACGAUCAAACUUCAAUUCUUGAACAUCUGGACAAAGUGGUUAGAAAUCUGAUAGAGAAGUCUAGCCAAAGGGCUGUUUACGGAUCAGAACCCAAGCUUCCGUUAGUGCGAGUGAAGGUAGAUUACUCUGGAUUUAUGACAAUAAAUCCUCAAAGGUUUGGGCAAAAGUAUGUAGGGAAGGUUGCAAAUCCCCAGGAUAUUCUCAUAUUUUCAAAGGCUUCUAAGAAAGGUCACAGUGGAGCUAAAAUUGAUGAUUCUGAACGGCUUCGACCAGAAGAACUAAAUCAGCAAAAUAUAGAGGCUUUAGUUGCCGAGAAUAAUCUGAAAAUGGAGAUCCUUCCAGUCAAUGAUUUGGAUGCUGCAUUACACAAUUUUGUUAACAAGGAUGACAAAACGGCUUUCUAUUCUUGUGUGCAAUAUAACAUCCAAGAAACACGUAAUAAAAUUGGUCGGGAUUCAGAGACUGUGAAGUUUGGGGAGGAAGAUUUGAUUCUAAAAGUUGGAGAAUGCUUAGAGGAACGUGUCAAGGAAAGGUCAGUGCAGACUAAGGAUGCUCCUCAGUUCACAUCUAGUGCACAGGCCUUGGAGGAAACUAGAAGUAAAAGUACUGGAGGAGUUGGAAGUGCGGUUUCCUUUAGCGAUGAUGAUGAUACCACAUUCUCUAAUUCAAAGUCCACCGCUAAAAGCAGGAAAGGGUCAGCAAUACCUUUUAGGUCCUCUAAGGAUGCUUCUGAAGUUGGUACGGCUUCUUCAAGAGGCAGGGGCAGAGGCAGAGGCAGGGGCAGGGGCAGGGGCAGGGGCUCUAGUAACUUGAAGCAGACAACUCUUGAUGCAGCUAUGGGAUCACGCCAGUCACAGAGAUCUGCAUCAGUUGCUGCAACGGCCUCAGUUCGAAGAAUCACUGAUGAUGAGGAUAAUGUGGAUUCUGCUUCAAGUGAUGAAGAAGGGCAAUAUAAUAUAAACGAGGUCAAUGAUAGUUCGGAUAAUGAUGAAAGUGUUCAAGGCAAAGGGCGUAAGAGAGCUGCUCCAAGGGGAAGGGGUAGAGGUUCUACAUCAUCUUCUAAGCGGGGAAGGAAAUCAGAUAACUCCUCGCUUUCAUUUCAGAAAAUGCUCAUGAAUAAAGAUGACGAGGAUGAUGAUGACGACAUGGCAAAGAGACUGAAUAAGCCUCCACCUCGAGUCACAAGGAAUUAUGGUGCUUUAAGAAGGUAAUUACGACUAGGGUUCCGGUCUCUUUCACUGAUGCCGGCUUGCCGCAUAAUUUUGUAUGAGAAACCUUUUAGAAGCCAUUCUGGUGUACAUUCUAAUGGUGCAAGUUGAGGACACAAAACAAAAAAGCUGUUGAGCAUCGUGGGCUGCAGUUCGUCCAUUUUUCUCCCCGGUGACAUUAAUAAUGUAAUGAUGGUAGCAUUUUAUGAACAUUACUUUAAGCUUUUUCUUAUUUACAGAACUUUGGACUUUGGAGAUUUGAUGCCCAAAUUACUUAAUGUUAUCAUUUGGUAUUCGUAUUUUUCUAUUA